AAUCCAUGGCAAACCCUUACACUUUAAGUAAAAAGACUAGGAGCAGUCAAGUACACCAAUCUGAUAAUAAAAAGGUGUCGGUUCAAAGUUCUAGAAGUUCAUUGAGGUUUCAUCCAACUGCUCUACAGAAUGGUGAAUCAAAAUGUAGUAAUAGUAAACAUUCUGAUGAUGGUGGUUUAAAUGGGUUUUUGGAUGGUCCACUUAUAAGAGCCCAGAGAAGUAAAAGAUCACCUGAUUUAUCUGCUCACAAUGUCAGGGAUUCACCUAUUUGUAAUUCCUAUGCAACUGUUGUUGACAAUGGAUCUGAAAUUGCCAUGAACAACUCUGGAGACCUCAGUAAUAAUGUAGGUAGUGCUGUUGAAUCUGACCACAAACAUGAACAAUCAGAUAUUAUCUCUGGAAAUUUUGAAGGCCUUGAGCUAUGUAGAAGGCUUAAUUUUCAAGAAAAGACAACUGUUAUGAGGAAGAAAAGGAAUCCUGUAAGAAAACGUGUUCUUAAAUAUACUUCGAGGACAUGUCAAAGAGUUAGUAAUGAGAGACUGGUCCAACUAGAUCCAUUGGUAUUGCCGGCUUUGUGUGAAAGUUUGAUUGAUUCUCGUCCCAAGGAUGAAGGUGAUGAACACUUGCCACUUUCAAAACGAGCCAGAGUUCGAAUGGAAAAAUUGCCGGCCGAAGAGCAUCAGCAGUUCGAUUUGCUGGCGAAGAAUGAAGAUAAAUCUUUUGAGUGUGUUUCAACUAGCUCAUUUACGUUGGCUAGCACUUCCUUGAACUGUGGUGAUAGUGAUCAGCCAAAGAGAUCGUCAACCAUGAGUAAACUAAUGGUGUCUGCACCUGUGAAUAAUCUUGGUGAGGUUCCUGAGGAUAAGCCUCAAGCAACAAAGACUGACAUUUGUGUUGUAAAUGAGCAACUUGCUUGUUUGCCGGUGGAUAAUGGUGUUCACAUUUCAGGGGAUAAGGCCCAGCCUCAGAAGACUAAGGCAAAUCUCCCUUUUGGUGGUGUAUUUGAUGAUGAAGCUGCUUUACCUCCAUUAAGCGCCUUCAUCGUGCCUUGGAAGCGAUGUCAGCAAAUGCCGCUGAAGAGACUAAAACAUCAGUGGCAGUAUCGUUGGCAAUAAGAAAAAAUAUGAUAACUAUCUCAAGGAGUAGGGGAAUACGAGAGCACCUGACAGUUGCCCCUCAGAUCAAGCUGUUUUGAUCAGUGUUACUGAUUCAAAGCCCUUGCAGUCUUUAGCUUCUGUACUAACUCAGUGGCCUUUGGGGGACUUG